GACGCCCCGGCGGCCCCAUGGCCGGCCGGCCACCCUGCUAUCAAGGGGCGUGGCGCGCUGCUAUGGCUGCUCGCCCAGAUACUGAAGGGCGGUUUCUCAACCUGCAGCCACUGGUACUUCACGGCGUGACUCACACGGGAAAAACGAUCGGCAGCGGGUCCUACGGCGAUGUCGUGGAAGUGGCGAUUCCGGGGGCCCUCUGCGCGGCCAAGAAAAUCCACGAUUGGCUGACGAAACAGGACCCAGAUUGGUUAGCCAAGGAGGUGGCCGACAGUAACGUCCAAAAGUUCUUGUCGGAAUGUACAAUGAUGAGCCGACUCCGCCACCCGCACAUCGUUCAGUUUCUCGGUCUUUGGUUCGAUGCCGACUCAAGCCUUUAUUUAGUGAUGGAGAAGAUGAUGACCAGCCUGCACAAUAUACUAGAGCCUGAUGACCACAAAUCAACCACUGCUGCACCACUUAACAUUCCCCUGGGUGUAAAGGUCUCAAUUCUGCAGGACAUAGCCCGAGGCCUUGCCUUCCUCCACAAGCAGAGUCCUCCCGUCAUCCACCGCGACCUCUCCGCAAGAAAUGUCCUCCUCAACUCAGCAAUGACGGCCAAGAUUGCCGACCUCGGCAUGGCCAGAAUUAUGCCUCCAAAAAUAAAAGCCACCAUGACAAAAGCACCUGGCGCGUACAUCUACAUGCCUCCUGAUGCACUGGAAGACACGUCGAAAUACAACGCUUCAAUCGACAUAUUCUCUCUGGGGGUCCUGAUCAUUUUCGUUCUGGCAGAAUCGUUUCCAGACAAUCCUAAGGCCCCAAAUUACACAGAUGAGGUGAAGGGACUACUGGCUCGAACAGAACUCCAGCGUCGCGAAAACUACACCAAGAAGCUGUACAGAGAGUUUACUAAAACCCACCCACUAAUCCAGCUAAUGGAGUCCUGCCUGGAGAACAUGCCAAAGAGACGACCAACAAUUGAUGGAGUACAGCAGAUUCUAGGCCAGGCAGCAGCUCUGGUCCAGGGAGAGGCCCAGUUACACAAGCUACAGCUGCUACAAAUGCUUGAUGGAAAGGCUGAGAGUGAGGAGCGUCUGGCAGACAGACUGGACGAGGCGAGAUCUGAACUAGACGUCAUGUCUGCCGAGAUCACGUCUCUCACAGCCCAGCUCAAGGAGAGAGAGGAAGAAGUGAGGGUGAAGGAGGAUCAGCUGAAAGAGAUGAAGAACAUGAACGCAGCCCUCGAGAAUCAGCUCACGGAGUACAUGGAUGCUCUGGAGCUCCAGAACCAGAGUGUAAAGCGUUCGGUGGAGUCUCGUCAGAGGACCAGUGCUGAGGUGGCAGAGUAUGAACAACAGAUGGCCCAGACGACAGAGUACAUGCGUAAACUGCAGCUUGAGUACCAGGAAGCCCUGCAGUCUCUCCAGAAGAAGGUGGGGAGGGCAGAGGAGACGGAGAAGGAGAACCUAAAGAUCCACCAGCUGAACCUCAACCUGGCCAGAGAGCUGGAAGACUAUCGUCACCAGACCAAGACCCUCAUGGCCGAUCUCCGGGCAAAGGAGGACGAGAUUUCCUCUCUCAGGGAGACCGUUGGGACCAGGGGGCAGCUCAGCAGUGAUAGGACUCAGCUGGAGCUGGAUUCAAUGCAGCAGAAGUGUGACGCCUGGAAAGAGGAGGUGGAGAAAGUAAGUCCUCUUCAAGACCUGCCGGCCAGGGCAACUCAGGACAACUCUCAACUGAUACGGGAGGUGGCCAGACUCCGUCAGGACAACUCUAGGCUGGAGGCAGAGUUAACUAGAGCCUCCGCGGAUAACACUGGAGGAAGAAGGUCUAGCAAGCAAUCUUCUACUAGCGCAGCUUCAGGAAGCAGUAGUCACAAGCAUCACCGACGGUCUUCUGCCAGUAACAGAAGCUUCAGUCCCAGUGGUAGUGGCGGUGAGCUCUUCACAGAGGUGACGAUGAAGGAUGGAGUUACACGGAAUCUCGUCAUCAAGAGACCAAGACACAAACUGAACUGCAAGUCGAAGCCUGAGGUGAUAGUAAAGAGGAAGGGAGGAAAAUACGAGACUGGGGUCCUGGCCUAUGUUGGGGUGCUGGAUGGGAAAGAAAUGGCUGGAGUCAUUCUGGAUUUACCAACUGGAAGCACUGACGGUGCAUUCAAGGAUGGCAGAUACUACUUCAGAUGUACUCCAUGCUGUGGGCUCUACUGUCCAAUGGGCAACAUAUAUGUCGAGGCAAACUCCGCCACCAUUUAAAACAACUUCAAAGAAAUGAUAUUAUUAUACAUCUGCAAGCCUUUUGUGUUUUUCUAUUGUUUCUUGUGUAUAGCAGUUUAAAAAAACGCUCUUUUAUGAUGUUGUGUAUAUUAUACAGUGUUAAAAGUGCUUUUCUUGUUUUCGUUCUUUUGUAACCCAAAAAAAUUGUGUAUCAAAAAAUGGUGCAAGA